UACCCACGCUUGACUCUUCCAUUACUCUCCCUACUCUCCCUCCAAAUUUAAAAACGUACCCAAAACAAAGAACACAUUCAGAUUCCCCAACACAAAGGAUAAAGCCCCCCGCAGUCCCCACUCUAUCUUCCUCCUCUCUCCCCUUCACUCUUCACAAAUCACACCCACGGAAGUGCAAAAGCAAACCCUAAGGCCUAAACCCACCAAAUGGCGCCCAUUGAUCCCCACUCCUUCACGGACUCCACCCACCCGCUCGCCACCCACAUCGCGCUAACUCUCUACGUGGACUUCACCACCUCCACCAUCCAUGGCUCCGCCCUCCUCACCCUCCCGAGCCCCCACUCCGGCUCACUCUCACUCGACACGCGCUCUCUCACCAUCCACUCCGUUUUCGAGCCCCAUUCCCGUGCGCCCAUCCCCUUCUCGCUCUCCCCUCCCGACCCAAUCAGGGGCUGCCACGUCACCCUCUCCCUCUCCAACCAGUCCUCAUUCCUGGUCAUUUACUCCACGUCUCCUUCCUCCUCGGCCCUCCAGUGGCUCUCGCCGGAGCAGACCUUCAACAAGAGGUGUCCCUUCGUGUACACCCAGUGCCAGUCCAUCCACGCGCGCUCCGUCUUCCCCUGCCAGGACACCCCCGCCGCCCGCGUGCGCUACACGUGCCUCCUCAACCUCCCGCGCCGGCUCUCCGCCGUGAUGGCCGCGCGUCACGCCGACCGCCGCUCGCCGCUGAGCCACGAGGCCGCGGCGCUGCUCCAGGACCACUCGUCGCUGUGGUGCUCGGAGGAGCGCGUGGUCGAGGAGUUCGUCAUGGACCAGCCAGUGCCGCCGUACCUGUUCGCCUUCGCGGCAGGGGAGCUAGGGUUCCGGGAGGUCGGGCCGAGGACUAGGGUUUACGCGGAAGCGGCGCCAGAAUUGCUCGACGGCGCGGCGAGAGAGUUUGCCGGAACGGAGGAGAUGAUAGGGCAAGGGGAGAGGCUGUUCGGGCCGUACGAGUGGGAGAGAUUCGAUCUGCUUGUGUUGCCGCCUAGCUUCCCGUACGGCGGGAUGGAGAACCCGAGGAUGGUGUUCUUGACGCCCACGGUGAUCAAGGGCGAUGCCAGUGGGGCCCAGGUGGUGGCCCACGAGCUCGCGCAUAGCUGGACGGGGAAUCUGAUCACCAACAAGACCAAUGACCAUUUUUGGUUGAAUGAGGGGUUUACAACCUAUGCGGAGAGGAGGAUUGUGGAAGCUGUACAAGGGGAGGACAGAGCUGCAUUGAAUAUUGGAAUUGGUUGGAAGGGCUUAAAUGAAGAAAUGGAGCGAUUCAAGGACAGGAUGGAGUUCACAAAACUCAAAACCAAUCAGGAAGGAGUGGACCCAGAUGAUGUAUAUUCUCAAGUUCCAUAUGAGAAAGGUUUCCAGUUUCUAUGGCGCAUUGAACGCCAGAUUGGAAGGCCGGCAUUUGAUGAAUUCCUCAAGAAAUAUAUUGCCACCUUUAAGUUCCAGUCAAUUGAUACCGAGACAUUUCUGGACUUCCUAAAAGCGAACAUCCCUGGAAUAGAGAAAGACAUUGACUUAGAACUAUGGACAGAGGGUACUGGUAUCCCUCCAGAUGCCUGUGAACCAGUCUCCCAUAUAUAUACAAAGAUUGUAUCACUUGCCAAUGAGUUUAAGCUUGGGAGAAUGCCGAGGGAGGAUGAAGUUGCAGAUUGGCAAGGGCAGGAAUGGGAACUCUACUUGGAGAACCUGCCCAAAUCUGUUGAAGCUUCACAGAUCUUGGCCUUGGAUGAGCGCUACAGGCUAUCAGAAUCAAAGGAUUAUGAAGUGAAGGUUGGCUUUCUCCAGCUGGCCCUUUCAUCUAGGUGCAGGGAUUAUUACGGCGUGGUAGAGAAAACGUUGAAGGAAGUCGGGAGGAUGAAGUACCUGCGCCCGCUCUACACCGCUCUUGUACAAGGCACUGGAAAGGAAGAGGAGAAGAUUUUGGCUGAGAGGGUGUUUGCUGAGGCUCGUGACUGUUAUCACCCUAUAGCUCAAGGUGUUGUUGCAUCAAUCCUUGGCAAGCACCUCUAGAGUGGUAUAUAACAACAACAUUUAGAUGCCUGAAUUUCUGAAGCUCAUCCUUAAUGUUCUUUCUUUCUCUCUAAAAUAUGUAGGCUCAUGCUCUGUGUAUUGGUUUUGCUAAAUGUAUGCAUUUUAUCAACUAAUAUUAUGGAUACUUAUUAAAAAAAAAAAAAAAAAUUAUGGAAAUCCGAUCUGAUCAAAGUUUAACCUUU